AGUCGGAAUCGGAAGUAAGUUUAACACAACUAACCUCACAAUCCGAGCGAUUGUUAUUGUCUCUGCGUUUGUUUUGGUUUAGGAGUAGAAAAUAAAUUUCUAAAAAUGUCUUUUAAAAUAAAAGAGGAACACCUGGAAGUAUUGGUAGACUUCAUGGAAAAUCACUAUGAUUUUGCCACUGGACGGUUAUCCACAAACAAUGCAAAAGAUGAAUAUCAACAACUAUGGCUCAAUCUAACUAUUAGAUUAAAUUCUCUAGGAUUAGGAGAGAGAACAAGAAAAAAAUGGCAAAAGACAUGGACUGAUUACAAGUGUAGCCUAAAAAGAAAAGUGACCGAAAUAAAAAGAGCACAAGAAGACACAAGCGGGGGGCCAGAAAUGAAAAAACAACUAAACAACUUGGAAAUGAGAAUUUUGUCUGCGCUUGGAAAUAAUUUUUAUGAAAGUUGUGGAAUCCAAGAGAGAGACCUUUAUUAUUUAAUUCCUAGUACCUCUGGUGUCUCAUCCAAAAUUGAAAUUAUUAAUGAAGAUGAUGAUAUUUGUAAUAUGAUGCCAAAAAGAAAGAAAAGUGUUGCAGUCGAUAAUUUUUAUUUAGUUCCCGCUGAAAAAAGUAAACCCCUUACAAAAAAAAUGAAGAGUUGUGAUACAUGUCAAAAUAAUGACAAUCUGUAUAAGGAAACAAUUGAAUGUUUGAAGAAUAUCGAGACCAACAUUUCAACAAAUUUAAAGGAAAUUAAUAACACAAUAAGUUCAAAAUUUGAUGAACUUAUUAAUGCAGUUUUAAAAAGCAAGGGUCGUCUUGAAUCGGAGGAAAGUCCAUGAUUUUGUUUCCUGUCCACAUUAUUGUUUUUGUUAAACACAAGACGACUUAAGGUGUUUCAGUUCCUUCAAUAAUAACUCACGUUUUUAUUUAUAAGAUUACUGUAUGGAAGUUCAAUAUCUCAGUUGUUUUUGAAAAUCGCAGAAAAUGUCAAAAACAAAAGUUUUACAGUUCACAGAGGCGCCUAUUGUAAAAAUAUUUUUAAUAUACAGGGUACCCCCAAAAAUAAGACAACAUAACGUUAAUUUUUUUCAAACAGACAACCUGUAUUUUAUUUUUAUUUUCAAUUUUAGUAAAAAAUUAAGUAAAUCUAAAUUCAAUUGAAGCCUUUGACAUUCGAAAAUUGACUUUUUCACACUUUGACAAGCUGUAGCACCCACACGGUUGAAAUUAAAGUAAAACGGUUUACAUGUCCUUGCCUUAGUUUUUUGUACCUUGUGUUUCAUUAAGAGAGGUAGCAGCUAUAUUUUAGAAAUAAUAGUACAGCUUCGGCGGGAAAAUAUUUUUAAUAGAAACGGUCAAGUUUGUAGAUUGGCCGCUAGGAAGCGUAAUUGUGGCGUCAAAACAUAAAAAUAAAUUUUCUCAAAAAAAUACUUUAAUCUUCAUUGUUUUCCGAUCAGGUGUAAUUUUUGUCAGUUGUGAAAUAGAGUGGUGGGGGAAGGUUAAACUUUAAUUUGGAAAAAUGUUCAUAACUUCGGUUUGGUUUUACUGAAUUUAGGGAACUUGGUUUUUUUUUUUUUAGAAGAAAUUUUCCAGCCUCAUUUUUAGCAGUUUAAACUGUGGCUGCUUAGGUUUUACGAACGCCGCUAGAGGGAGUUAAGUUAAAAACUAACAUUUUGCGAACAUAAAAACUGACAUUUUGCGAAUACUAAAUUAAAUAAAAUUUAAAAUAAAUGCCUUUAUACGAGGAAAAUCAAAACAACACCUAAGAGUAAAGUGCCCUUAUAUAUGUUACCGGCAAAGCCCGUUACGCAGUCAUACCUAGGUUUGUCUAGGCAAAGUCCGCAUUGCCGGGCCACUUUAGGCAAAGUCGGAAAUUAGUUGAUAUUUCCGACAUUGCCUGCACUAUUGUAAGACAAUCUUAGGUUUACCAAAUAUGUAGCAGGCAAACUCCGAAAUAACCUACCGCAUUACUAUCCUACCUACUGUCAAUAUUAUACCUAUGUACGAGUAAGAAGCACAGUUUGCGAUAGAAAAAAAAACAAAUUAAUUUGUAUUAAUAAUUUAUUGUCUUUUAAAGAACAAUCACAAAUAAAAUAAACUUUCAUACUAAAAAAAAACAACUGAAAGCAUAUUGAGGUAUAAUCAGAGUGGACCCUUAUAAAAUACACUUGGUAUUGUUUAUUAUGACACUUAUUAAAGAAAUAGGCAUUCGCAAAAAAAAACACAUUCAAAAAACCAACUAAAAAGAUAUUGAGGUAGAAUCAAAGAGGUCUCUUUGGGCAAAGUUUCUUUGGGUAGAAUUAGGGCUCCUGCAUGAUACACUUUUUGGUACAGUUACAUCUUUGAAACCCUUGCCCUCCAAAUGAACUGUACCCACUUAUUUCGCGAAGUGAUAGUUCUAUGUUCGGGACGUCUUCGAUUUUAAAAAAUUGUUCCUUGCAACUUUGGAUUUGGUUUCUUGCAUAUAGAAAACUGAUUACACCAUGUUUAGUACCGAUUUUAUAAAAACCAUCUGCAAUUUUUUCCAUUACAACUCAUAGGGCAUCUCCAUUGCCUCUGUCUAAACUCGAAACUGGCACUGUGACUGAUUCCCCUACCUGAAUUUCCGGAAACUUUUUCUGCGAUAGCUGCUUCAUUUUCUCUGCUUGAACUCUCAAUCCUUCGUAGGCAACUUCUUUGUUUAUAGUUGCAGAAAUUGUCUGGGCACAGCGGAGGCAUAGAAUUGAUGCUUCAAAACCCUCCUCGGGAUGCUUUUUCUUCUUGUGACAGGCUUCACAUAACCCUAAGUAAAGUGUAAUGCAUUCUCGAGUUACGUUAGCAUAUUUGUUGCUUAGUGCUUUAAUCAUAAUAUCUCUUCCAGCAUGACCACAUUGCUUGUGAGCAUUAUCUAGCACCUCAAACAAUUCUUCAUUGGGGACAAAGUAUUUCACUUCAGUGACUUGCGCAGACAAUGGCAAAAUUAACUUUUUAAUGCCCCCAACAAGUAACACAUCGUAACGUUUGAGACGCCGAUAUUGAAGAGUUGUUUUUUUGGCAACCUGCUUGGCUUCUUCAACUUCUUUAAUUAAUGCCUCGUACUUUUCUAUCGAUGGAAUGUAAAAAGAAUUUAUUGGUUUCUGCAUACUCUCUAAUUUCUUCAAAAAUUUCGCCAUUAUUUCACCCGCGCCACUCAUAUCUACUUGCAUAUGUCUUGUUGGUCACAAAUCCAAUAAAGAUUAAACCCAACUGAACACAACGGCCACUUAACCGAACUAAACACAAAAGUCCAUGCAGAAUAAGAAUUCAGUGGAAUCGGAAUAUUAACUUAUUUCGUAGUUUGCCUGCUACACAUCUAGCAAACCUAAGAUUGUCGUACCACAGUGUAGGCAAUGUCCGAAAUAUCGAAUAAUUUCGGACUUUGCCUAAAGUGGCCCGACAAUGGGGGCUUUGCCUAGGCAAACCUAGGUAUGACUUCAUAACGGACUUUUCCGGUAACAUAUACACUUUGCUAAGUGAAUACUCAUAUAAAGUCACAAAAUACUCAUUUAAAACGCGUAUGAAAAGAUUUGUGAAAAAAUUGUUUAAGGAUGUAAUUUUUUUAUGUAAGUGUCCUGAGUUUUUUCUGUAAAUAAAGUGUGAAUUCGACAAAAUGGGCAUUGGUUAGUUAUGCAUUCGAUAUGUGCCCAGCAAACACAAACAUAACAAAGUAACUUACAUGUUACAUAAUAACUCACAUGAUUACUGUAAAUAUUACCUAAGUACAUGUAAGGAACAAUGUUAUAUAUCAGAAGACAUGUAACAUUUAUAAUACUAUUGUAACAUUUAAUAUGCUUCAUUAUUACCGCACAUAUGUAUACAUUACUUUUUUUAAGUCUUAAAAAUAUUACUUAUGCAUAAUUACGAUGUUCUUAUGAGAAAUGAUUACAGAAAUGUUUCUUUCUUAGAUAACAAUUAUACAUUCUUAGCAUAUUCUUAGUAUAUAGUUUUUAAGAAUAUGCAUAUACCUACUGAGAAUAUACUUUAUUUGCAUUUAGUACAUUCUCAGAAUGUACUAAGUAUGUGUUACGGGACCUUGUUUAUACACGUGCUAUGCAGAUAUUGAAAAUGUACUUCAAGUAUGUGUACAGUAUGUAAUAUUUCAUAUAUUUCAUUUGAUAGUACCUUCUAAGUAUAUGCUAAGUAUUUAAAUUUAGCAUAUACUAGGCAUAUCGCUGCCCCAAUUCAAAAAAUAUCUCCAAAUCAGCCAUUUUGAGAUAAAUUACUUUAAAAAAUUUUCUUUACUAAUUUGUAAGAUUUUUCUUUACUAAUUUGUAAGAUUUUUUUUACUAAUUUGUAAGAUUUGUAAUUUAUUAUUAAAAUAAAUAGAAAAAUAAAUAUUUUAAGAUAUUAUAGUGUUUAAUUAUUUUAAUAGACCUUGCCCUUCUUGCUAAGAAUACAUUCUUAUCUCAAACCCUAAAAUUUUUGAGAUGUUACAAUUUUGAACUGGGACAGCGAUAUACUGGACACCCUAAUACAGGAUGUUUCAUUAAUAUUGAACAUUAAAGAAUAAGUGUAUAUAAUGAAAAUCGAAAAUAUUUUUUAAAUCUUUAUUUACAAAAAUUAAUACUUAUUCUUAUUACAAAUUCUUUAUUUGGCCUCAACCAACCAAAAGUUUAUUGUAUCGAUGGCUUGCGUUACUUUGCUUGCUUACAUUGGAUCGUUAUUGAACCUAAAAAAAAAAAAACAAACUUUGUACAUAUGCAAAUUAAGUGUACAUAACUAAUUGAAUAUUUUAUAUAUUUUUGUCGAACGUAAAACAUUAAAAAUUGUACGGCAUUCCACCAAUAAAAACAAGAGUUGCAUACAUAAUUAUUAUGUUUAGUAAAAAUUUAAAUAUAUUUUUGUUAAUUACUUA